AUGUCGGAGUUGGAGUCUCGCAGCUCGGCUGAGCACAAACAGCAUACUAGCAGCCAUGCUUUUGGAACGCAUGGCGCGAGGCGCGAUUCGGUCAUCAUCGAUGAGGCGGGCGACGUCUAUGAGACGAGCGAGGAGCGCAAGACCAUCGGCCUCACCUCUGCGGUCUUCCUGAUCCUGAACAGAAUGAUCGGGACGGGUAUUUUCGCCACCCCAUCCGCGAUCUUCGCGCUGUCGGGGUCGGUUGGCCUGUCGCUCUUCAUGUGGGUGGCUGGUACGAUCAUUGCUGCCGCUGGAUUGCUGGUGUAUAUGGAGUUUGGCACCGGCAUCCCACGAAAUGGAGGCGAGAAGAAUUACCUCGAGUUCGUGUACAAGCGGCCCCGUUUCCUGGCCACCGGUUUCUAUACUGGAUACGUCAUUCUUCUUGGAUGGGCCGGUAGCAACUCCGUUGUCUUUGGCGAAUACAUCCUCCAUGCUGCCCAAGUCGAAGUCACGCGCUGGAACCAACGCGGUGUAGGCAUUGCUUGCAUCACCGCAGCCUUCCUCAUCCAUGGUCUGGCUCUGAAAUGGGGUCUUCGCCUGCAGAAUCUGCUCGGCUUCGUCAAGUUGGCGAUUCUGCUGAUCAUCAUCAUCGGCGGUUUCGUCGCUCUGGGUGGCCAUGUCAAGAGCGAUCCGAAGCCCGACAACUUCACGAAUGCGUUUUCUGGUACCACUGGCUCCGCGUAUGGUGUGGUGACCGCGCUGUAUAACGUCAUCUGGAGUUAUAUCGGCUACUCCAACGCCAACUAUGCGCUCUCCGAAACCAAGAAUCCGGUUCGAACACUCAAGGUCGCGGCGCCGCUGGCGCUGGCGCUUGUCGCGGUCUUGUACCUGCUUGCAAACGUCGCUUAUUUCAGUGCUGUACCACGCGAGGAGAUCCUGUCAUCCGGACGCAUUCUAGCGGCGUCCUUCUUCCGGAACGUCAUGGGUGAGUCGGCCGAACGUGCCCUAAGUGUCUUCGUGGCAUUGUCAGCCUUCGGCAACGUUCUCAGCGUGAUCUUCUCGCAAGGUCGCCUUGUCCAGGAGCUGGGACGUGAAGGUAUUCUGCCGUUUUCUAGAUUCUGGGCCAGCAACAAACCAUUUGGCGCGCCUCUCGCUGGUCUAUUUGAGCACUGGCUCGUCAGCAUGAUCAUCAUGCUUGCACCACCACCGGGCGAUGCGUACAACUUCAUUCUCAACGUCAUCAGCUACCCUCUGAGUGUCGUCAAUGCCUUUGUGGCAGCGGGUCUCAUUUGGCUGUACUUCCACCGUGAGCAGUAUGGCUGGAAUCCACCGUUCAGGGCCUCGCUCCCAGUAGCGAUUUUCUUUCUGCUGAGCAACAUCUACCUUAUCAUUGCUCCGUUCAUCCCUCCUUCCGACGGCAACUCGGUGUACAACGACCUGCCGUACUACCUGCACUGCUUGGUUGGAAUCGGCAUCCUUGCAGCGGGUGGCGUAUAUUGGAUUGUGUGGGCCGUAAUACUGCCACGGAUUGGGAAAUAUAAGCUGGAGAGACAGGUCGUGACAAGCUCGGAUGGAUGGACGAGGAAUGUCUUUGUGCAUGUGCCUCGAGAGGCCCUCGACAAGUAUUAG